AUGGAGGAGCUGAGCGCGGCGCUGGCGGCGGGCGUGGGGCUGGCGGGGCCCUUCAGCCCGGCCGCGCCGCACCCGCGCCUGGCCGCGUACAAGCCCCGCGGCGGCCCCGGGCAGGUCGAGCGCCGGCAGCGCCUCCUCCGCAUCCAGAGAGAGAGGCGGCUGGACUACGUGAACCAUGCCAGGAGGCUGGCGGAGGACGACUGGGCAGGGAUGGAGAGCGAGGGCGAGGAAAAGGAUGGGGAAGAUGCGGAGGAAGAGGAGAUGGACGUGGAUGCUGGCAAAAAGUUGCCCAAGCGCUACGCCAAUCAGCUGAUGCUGUCAGAGUGGCUGGUGGAUGUACCCUCGGAUCUGGAGCAGGAGUGGGUUGUGGUGGUGUGUCCUGUGGGGAAAAGGGCACUCAUCGUGGCCUCCAGGGGCACAACAGCAGCUUACACCAAGAGUGGCUUUUGUGUCAACAGGUUCCCAUCCCUGCUGCCGGGGGGGAGCCGGCACAACUCAGCCAGCGAGAAAGUGUACACCAUCCUGGACUGUAUCUACAAUGAGGCCCAGCGAACCUACUAUAUCCUCGAUGUGAUGUGCUGGAGAGGACACCCUGUUUAUGAUUGCCAGACUGACUUCAGAUUCUUCUGGCUGUCCUCAAAGAUCCAAGAGGAGAAAGGGCUGGGAGAGACAAGCAGGAUUAAUCCGUACAAAUUUGUGGGCCUGCAGAACUUCCCUUGCUCCUCGGACAGCCUGUGUGAGCUGCUGGCUACGGACUUCCCCUUUGAGGUUGACGGGCUGCUCUUCUAUCACAGGCAAACCCACUACACCCCCGGCAGCACCCCGCUGGUGGGCUGGCUCCGGCCCUACAUGGUCCCUGAAAUCCUGGGGCUCACCGUGCCCUCCACCGCGCUCACGGCCAAACCGAACUAUGCCGAGCGGCAGCUCCAGCAGAUCAUCGAGAGCAAAAGGAAUAAAAAGCUGGCGGUGGAAAAGGGCGACCCGAGCAGCGUGGUGGCCGCGAAGAACGGACAUUACGAGCUGGAACACUUGUCUACCCCUCAGCCAGAAAAGUCUCUGGAGGGCCAGGACGGAGCAGUGAGCCAAAUGGAGAGUUAAAAUGCUGGGACAGGCCAGCUGGGGAGGGAGCAGGGAAAAGGCUCCCUGCUUCUCACUGUCCCUCAUGCUCCUGAGAGGGGGCAAAGUAAUGAUGAUAGGAUAGCUUUGUUUCAAGGGCAUGACAGUGGAAUAUCUUGCCCCAAGGGCUGGUUUGUUGUUUUUUUUUUUAGGGUUGGGUUUUUUUUUUCUGGGUUGGGUUUUUUGGGGGUUUUUUUGUUUUUUUUGCCAAGGCUUCUGUGAGUCCUUAACAGGAUUGUCUGGUUCUCUGCU